CAAGCCAAUCGCGAGGCGGCGGGCAACCCCGCGGCUCCCCAGGAGGCGACCGCGGCGACGGCGGGCGCGGAGCAGAGCGGCUCUCGGGCCACCUCGGCAGCGGGCGACGCGAUCCUAGGCCGUCCCGGUGAGGCGCCCGGCACAAUGGAGCCCGCCGUGUCGCUGGCGGUGUGUGCACUGCUCUUCCUGCUGUGGGUGCGCGUGAAGGGGCUGGAGUUCGUGCUCAUCCACCAGCGCUGGGUGUUCGUGUGCCUCUUCCUGCUGCCGCUGUCGCUCAUCUUCGACAUCUACUACUACCUGCGCGCCUGGGUGGUGUUCCGGCUCAACAGCGCGCCGCGCCUGCACGAGCAGCGCGUGCGGGACAUCCAGAAGCAGGUGCGAGAAUGGAAGGAGCAAGGCAGCAAGACUUUCAUGUGCACGGGGCGCCCCGGCUGGCUUACCGUCUCCCUGCGGGUCGGGAAGUACAAGAAGACACACAAAAACAUCAUGAUAAACCUGAUGGACAUCCUGGAGGUGGACACCAAGAAGCAGAUCGUCCGCGUGGAGCCCUUGGCGUCCAUGGGUCAGGUGACCGCCCUGCUGACUUCCAUUGGCUGGACACUGCCCGUGCUGCCUGAGCUCGACGACCUCACAGUGGGGGGCUUAAUCAUGGGCACAGGCAUUGAGUCUUCAUCCCACAAGUAUGGCCUGUUCCAGCACAUCUGUACCGCCUACGAGCUGGUCCUGGCUGAUGGCAGCUUCGUGCGCUGCACACCGUCCGAAAACUCAGACCUAUUUUACGCCGUGCCCUGGUCCUGCGGGACCCUGGGAUUCCUGGUGGCUGCUGAGAUCCGAAUCGUCCCCGCCAAGAAGUAUGUCAAGCUGCGGUUUGAGCCGGUGCGAGGCCUGGAGGCCAUCUGUGACAAAUUCACCCUGGAGUCCCAGCGGCUGGAAAACCACUUUGUGGAGGGGCUGCUCUAUUCCCUGGACGAGGCAGUCAUCAUGACCGGCGUUAUGACUGAUGAAGCAGAGCCCAGCAAGCUGAACAGCAUCGGCAGCUACUACAAGCCCUGGUUCUUCAAGCACGUGGAGAACUACCUAAAGACAAACCAGGAGGGCCUGGAGUACAUUCCCCUGAGACAGUACUACCACCGCCACACUCGCAGCAUCUUCUGGGAGCUCCAGGAUAUCAUCCCUUUCGGCAACAACCCCAUUUUCCGCUACCUCUUCGGCUGGAUGGUGCCCCCUAAGAUCUCCCUGCUGAAGCUGACCCAGGGUGAGACCCUGCGCAAGCUGUAUGAGCAGCACCACGUGGUACAGGACAUGCUGGUGCCCAUGAAAUGCCUGCGGCAAGCCCUGCACACCUUUCACAACGACAUCCACGUCUACCCCAUCUGGCUGUGUCCAUUCAUCCUGCCCAGCCAGCCGGGCCUGGUGCACCCCAAGGGAGACGAGGCUGAGCUGUAUGUGGACAUCGGUGCCUACGGAGAGCCACGUGUGAAGCACUUCGAGGCCAGGUCCUGCAUGCGGCAGCUGGAGAAGUUUGUGCGGAAUGUGCAUGGGUUCCAGAUGCUCUAUGCUGACUGCUACAUGGACCGGGAGGAGUUCUGGGAGAUGUUUGACGGCUCCUUGUACCACAAGCUACGCAAGCAGCUGGGCUGCCAGGAUGCCUUCCCUGAGGUAUACGACAAGAUCUGCAAGGCUGCGAGACACUGAGCCCAGCCUCCAGGAGAGACAGACGCAGGCGGUAGCCCUGCACCUUCCCUUCACCCAGCUUGGGUGCUUCCCCAGACCCACAUUUUCAGAUAGCAACCCCUCCAGAAAUUCUACCCAGAGGGCCCCGUCAGCAUCCUGUUGUGUGGGGGGGCAUCCGGUUAUGUGCAGAGUGCAUGGGACUUGGAGUCAGACCACCCUGAGCCCCGCCCCAAGGUGGCCACUUAAUUAGUGUGUGGUUCUGGGUGCGUCACUUAACCCCUGUGCUCUAGUCUCUCCAUCCAGUGAAGGGGGUGAUUGUGCCUGCAAGCUGCCGUCUAAGUCAGCGUCUGUCCCAUGGAAAGUACUUUGUACACAGUAGCUGUUACUACUUCCCACUCAGCGUCACACCUGACUAAAAUGCUUUGGGUUCAGCGGUUGAAUCCAGAAAGCCUCCCCACUAGGUCACCCUUGCACAGGUUUGGCUGGAAUGAUGAAGGGAAUACCCUGGAGUUGCACCACCAUUGCCUGAGUUGGCCAGAACAGCCCCAUCGGGAGAAGGAAGGCUCCUCUCCACCCAGGGCCCAGGGGGCAACAGUCAGGCAGGCAAGCCCAAGAUGUGCUGUGCCAAAGCCAGGUCUGAUCCCAAAGUUCUCUGCUGUCCUUGGUGACGUCCUGCCCCACACCCUGUUCACUCGGGCCUGUGAGCCUGCCCUGCCAUCACUGAGCCCAGUAAGAGCCCAGGAUGCCGCUGGAGCGGGGCCUGAGCUCUGAGCUGGAUCCCGAGCACCUGGGCUCAUGCUUCUUGGCUUCCCACCCCACAGACCCUCUCAUGUUCCAGGACCAGUGUGGUCACAGCGGAUACAUCCUUGCUGCUUGGCAGCUGAGGCAGGGGCUGCGGACAAGCACGUGCAGUCCCCAACCUUGUGCUUCUUGAGGAUCUCAUUGUGGGGCCCUAAGAGGAAAGCAUCCGCUAAUUUUUUCCUACCCUUCAUCUCCCCUUUUCUUUAUCCUACCCCAGCUUAGUUAAUUUCAGUGCCUUACAAAUCCUAAACUCAGAGAAAGUUAGUCCUGUUUCCUUCAGGGGAAAGGGAACUUCCACAGCUCCCUCUGCCUUGCUAUUUAAGUGUAGUUGUUUAUACAACUCCAUCGUGAGAACCGCUGGCCCUGGCUGCAGACCAGAGUCAUGUCCUGAGAGAAGGUGCUGGGAUCCGUAAGGGAGACAGAGAGCUGAGCCAAUCACAGCAGUGAGUGGUGACCCUGGAGCGGGGGCUUGGUGCCUGGUCCCUGCUCUCCUUCUACAAGCUGUGCAUCCGCAGGCAAGUGUUCCUCCCUCCAAGCUGCAGUUUCCUCACCUAUGACAUGGGUCCAGGUGAGACUUCCCCAGAGUCCUUCCAACUAAAAUCUUAGACACCACUGUCACAAAACCCAGGGAACCAAUCCCUGUUUAUGUUGAAAGAAAAGUAAAUGAUGCAGGUGACACUUAGAGAAUUUUUGUUACUUAAGGUCCUCCAGUCCCAAGGCAACUCCCAUGUCAUUUUCAGCAAAGCUCAUCUGGGCCUGGCCAGGAAGCGUCUAUGUCACCCUGCCACCUGCCAGAGUCUGUAGAGCCGCCCUCUCACUGAAGGGCACGCUCUCUUCCUCCCAGGGGUGACCCACUGCAGCGUCUAGUGUGGUCUUCCCGGCACUGGGUGCCUUUGAGGUAUUCAGGAAGUCAAAAGUCCCCCUUGCCCACUUGGGCCCUGAAGGACAGAAGGGAGCCUUCAUUCUCUAGUCUGGAAAGCACACAAGUCCCAGCAUGUGUGAGCCCUCGCUCGGUGCUGAGCUGAUGACUCUACCUGGCGUAGAUGAAAGGCUCCCUGAGCUAGACGAAGCCACCAGCUGAAGUGCUGUCAUGUCACCUGUGCAGCUGCCGUCCGGGAGCCCCUGGGCUGUAGCCACAGAUGCUGGCAGCUGUCACCCUUAGUUCUCUGACAAAAAUGCAACCUUCCAUGGACCUUACCUGGGGCCUAGACUGGAAGGUAUUUUGGAGUCACCCCAGCCUCAGGUAGAUGAGGCUCCAGUGAUGUCUUGCCUGGAAGGAGUCUUCCAAGCAUGGUGCUCCUUGCAGCCUGUCCGUCUGUCUUUGCAGCAGGCUGCCAGUGGCAGUGAGUGUGAAGAGCAAUGUGCCUCUCCCCCCAGAGCCCUAGUUCCUUGGCUGCAUGAAGGGUUUCUGUAAGAUCAGACUUACAGUGGUUCCCCUUGGCUGAAAGGAUGGAUCAUUGACUGUUCAUGAAAGAGAGGAGGGGUGGGAAUGGCUGUGCAGUGGAUGGUGUGUGGUCAUGUGGACCAAGGAGAAAGGCAUGAGUGUCCCUGUUGGGCUUGCAGCUGCAGGGGCUGUGCCUCUAGGACUCGUGUUCCUGUGCUGUGUGGCCACUGCUCCUGUAAAAAUAAAAGUCUGGCCUGAAGCU